AUGCAUCAAUCAAACUCCGUAGAACCCUCAAAACUUCAGCUUGCAUUCUCCAAUGCCGCAUGUUGUUGCGGGUUAUCAUUGAACGAUGCACUCAGAACGCUGGUCUGGUCACUGUCAUUAAAAACUGAUCAGACCAGUCACUACAACUGCACGGUUGUCCAAGUGGAGUUCUCAUUAAGCAGAACGCUGGUGUGCAAAUUGCAUGCUAUCUUCAAGCUGAACUUUCCGCUAACCAAAUCAGAUGUGGCUUCCCCCCUCCAAGAAGCCAGAACCUUGGCUUUUUUGGAACGUCAUAGAGAUAGAGUGACCGCGUUCUUUUGUGCAUCCAAACGAGAAUAUGCAACGGCAGACGGGUUACUUGAACUUACAGGACCUGAGCAAAGUGAGAUGUAUUACAACACAAUGACCGCAUUCAGAAACAAAAGACAAGACACAAUGACGCGCCACAUGGCCGUUGAAAAGAGGACUCAUGCACCAAAAUGA